GACAGGACACCGAGGGCAGCUGUGUGCUUUGAGUGCUUCGUGUGUGCAGUUAAGUGGCUCUACGUGUUGUGACGGCGCGUUGUACGCGUAUGUUUGUUUGUUUGUACGUACUACCGUAGAAUACUAGUGGCAACAACUGCAGCGCUGUGUAUAAAGAUGGCUGCAUUGUGGAAGGCCAAGUGAAGUGUCGGUAGUUAAUGGUGUUAGUGUAUUUUAAGCUUCACGGCCAGAAGGAUGCAAAUCUACUAUGCGACUAAAGGCGAGUCCUUUCAUGGUGUUUUAAUAAAACAAUCAGACGCGCCGAUUCCAUUACAUUGUGUUCGUGUGUAAUUUACCGUAUGAAUGCGUGUUCGUACGCUGUCGUGCCUUGGCAUUGCCAACAAAUGUAUGCCAUAUGCGUUGGUCGUGUGAAACGUGUUUCAAAUUUGCACGUGUGUCCUUGCGGCGCUGACGCUGACGCUUCCAGCGCAUCUGUUUUCACACAGACACAACGCGUUCAUACGUAUUUUUAUGUGUGUGAGUGUGUGCGUGUCACAAUUGAAACAUUUGUAAUAAAAGUACAAAAAUCCUCGGGAAGUGGAAAUGUGACACGUUUGUGCAGAAAAAAGUUGCACGCGAUUUAAUGCAGACUUAAAGUAGUCGUCAGGCGUGUGGAUAAACAAAAUUGGCUGAAAAAAGUGAUCAGCGCAUUGCAAUCAAAACUAGUGAAGUUUCACAAAAACUCCGUUUCGCUGGAGGAAAGCUUAUGAGCUUUUGGCAAAACUUUUAUAAGGCUUUAGCGUUUUAAAAUGUGAAUGGAUAAAUAGCCACGGCUUGGCUGAGUAUUUACUAAAAUUUCGCCGGUGUUGGCUCUGGUAGAUCAUUCAUGUAAUGCAUGUAGCUUCUGGAUACCUUAUCAAGAACUAUCUUAUUGGGCCUCAUGUAAAAUAAGAAUUGUGUUGUUCAAUUAACUUGAAAAGACUACAUAGUAUUUUUAACUAUUAAUGAGCUAAUUUUACUAACAAAGCAAUAAAAAAUCUGGAGCUAUACACAUUUUCCACAACUAAUCUCGCUUCAGACACAAUUACUUAGUUUUUAGCAGGGUUGACAGAUGCUAAGCAACGUUAGCUUUCGGAUUCAUGGUAGAAUGUCACUCUCAUAGAAACCCUCAUGCUUAUUGGUAUUAAAAAUAGUUUAGUCGAUUUUCACAAGCUUCUCUUGAUGCGAAGUCAGCACCAGCAAAACCGUUUACCAUAGACAGAAAGAGAUACUAAUCACUUGCUGCCAGGCUGCACUAUAAGAUGGAAGAAUAAGAAUCUUCUAAGCAAGCACUCGGCGCUUUCGGCGAGUCACUACUGAUGAGUGUGGGCUGGCGCUGUUCUGUUGGAAUACAAUUCCUCUCCAAUCCAAUUGGCAAAACUGGCCACUUUUGGUUGACUGCUUUCAGCAGAAGGAACAAUUGUUGACAGAACAAGCGCAAAUUUGGAGUUUGGUCGUUAGUUCAUGCUAGAUGAUUUCCUGCCAAUAAUACUAAAAAAUAUAGUGUAAAAUAUAGUGUACUUUCUCUUUCUUCAGGUUCACAGUGAAGCUCAGAAUUAUACUAAGCCGAAACCACAUACACCUAGAUUAUAAAAGAUGGAGCUAUAUUUUUCUAUAUAUCUUGCAUUAAGAAGCUUUACUCAAAAGUCUUAAGGGAGACAAUAUCGUGCACAAUCCGCUGAGUUACAGCUACUGAGGCCUUCAUUACAAGAAAUUUAUAUUUGAAUUAGUUGCUACUGUUAGUUUGGUGUAACUUUGGGUUUCAUAUAUAUUGAGUUUGUAAAUUAAUUCGCGUUACAUCCCAACUACGGUUCGCAGCUUCGUCAAAAAGACUAAGUUAGAGUAACUCAAGUAUGUGGAAUGAAAAAAAAUAUUCUCUACUAUUUCUCUUCUUAUACCAGCUCAUAAUAGCAUUCAUAGCCUCCAAAUGCUAAAGUAGCAAAAAAAAAUUUACUAAGCCAAUUAUGCAGUCAUUUAAAACAAUUUCUUUCUGAACUUCUGCCCUCUUUUUGCUAACCAAGGAGGCGCAGAGAGACUGUAAGCCAACCGCGAUAAAAACGGAUAUCACUUUAGCGACUCGUUGGGCAAGCAGCCAACAGACAAUCAGCCACUGCGACUUGGCUGGCAUUUAACACAAUCAUUAAAUAAUAACUCGCUGGCAUUGCCAUUUGCAUUUAACGUACCCUUCAUUCACCCCCCCUCUACACAUUUCAUUUUUGUAAUUAUGCCAGCUGGACGAUUGUACGCAUAAUGCAAAAGAGGACACUUGUUAAUGAGAUGCUUAGUAAUUAAAGAACGCUGUCUAACUAUGCAACUGCAGUGUAAUGGGUGAAUGCGCCUAAAAAUGUGCUACAAAAUACAUGUGUGCGUGUGCUGUGUAGAAAAGUGUAAAUUGCAUAAAUAAAUUGACGUGCGCGCAUGUGUUGCGAUGGCUAGGGCAGCACGCAGCAUCCACGCAAUUGCAUACGGGACACAAAUAAUUCCACUCGCCGCGGUAAGUAGACCAAAAUAGACGUGCGCUAGGCUUUCAGCUUGUGUGUGUGUGCGCUCCGUGAUGGGUGAACGCAUAGCAGCAGCAGCGGCGACGGCCGUCGGUGCACGCCACUCGCGUAUCAGUCCAACACCGGGUCGUGGCAGUAAGGUCGCCUAUACGCUGUGUCCGCGCACGGAGCCACCGGAUGAGAAGGCGGCAUUGCAGGUGCAGAGGCGUACGUCGGCAGCGAAGGGACCGCCUAAUUGUGUGGCCAUACCGAUGUCAUCCAUACAGACUAAUACCAAAGUUGGUUACGACAAUGCGGCCGGUACAUCGGCUGCAGUGCGAUCCGAACCGAUUUCAUUGUCAGCGCUGGAUCGUGAUUGUUUCAUUAUACCGGUACACAGUGUCGACCGUUUUCUGCCAGCUGGUAUACCGCUACCCGCACCUUCAGCUGAUGGUAAGACCAACAGCCCACUUAGCAUACUAGAGGUCUCCGAUCCGAAGUUAUGCAUACUCGUACAUUUGAUGAGUCCUUUGGAACCGAUUGAUCCAAUGCUGGAAUCACCGCUGUCGCAUCCAUUGUUGAAACAACGCGCCAUUGCAGCAGAGCUCGUCUCCGAGGUGCAACAGGCGAAUACGGCAGUAGGUGGCAUGCUAUUGGCUAAUAUGGAGAAGAAUGCGGAUUUCCCAUUUAUAUCGUACUAUUUAAUUAAUACUACACAAACGGAUCCAUCGCACUUUUACUCGGGCAUACGCGGCUCAUCACUAUCGAAAUUCGAGCCGAAAUCACUAAAAUAUACUGCCGCUCAUACCUUGGACUUGUACAGCGAAGUGGCUGCCAUUUGCCGUCCGCCAUUGGUGUUGGCGCCCAAUGAAAGUGGUAGCUUCAAGAAGACACAGACGCCAGCAACAGGCUAUAUAAUCAGUGUGUUUAAGGUCUUUGAAGGCGAUGACGGUGAACGUUUCGAGAAGAAUUGGCUGUACUGGACGGGAGCGCGUAUGCUGUAUCGUUAUUUGCCACGUGCUGCUGGUCUACGUCGUAUUGCUCUACAUAAAAGCACCUCGCAGCGUGGCGAUAAAAUGUAUUUGUUGGUAUGCGAAUGUGCUGACUUGCUUAAGGAUAUCUCUUCAGCUGCCUUCUUGAUUCCCGCAUUGCGAGCGCGCCUCUGCGGCUACACGGGACUUUACAAGCCAAUACAAGUGUUCUAAGGUUAUGAGAAAACAUAAAAAACAAAAAAAUAAACAACAACAAUUGUCAAUAAAAAAGUAAAAUUUGAGGAGAAAAGUAACAAAUGUAUAUCGACAUACAUACAUACACACGUGUGAUAAAUUUAAAUUAAGACAAAAGAAUUGAGUUUAAAAAUUUGUAGAAAAUAAAAUUGAAAAAAAAGAAGCAAUUGCAUUAAAUUAAAAAUUGUUAUUUAUUUAUAGAACACAGAUUUAAUAAAGCCAAGUAGUGAAAAGAGCAUAAAAGUAAUAGAAAUAUCAACAUGUGGCAAGCUCAAGUAAAUUGUAAAAUUGUUGAAAAGUAAAAAAAAAAUAUUAUUAAAAAAAAAUAAUAAUUUAAUCCAGAACUUAGUCCAACAACCGAAAGAAGAAAUACGAUUUUUGAACAAUCAGCUUUUAGAAUGAGAAGAUAUGGCAAUAAUGGUGGUACUAUUUUAGUAUUAUAUAUGAAUGAAUACUGGCAGAAAGAAAAAAACAAGAUGAAUGUAUAGUAUAUGUAUAUAUGAUAAAACAUAUACAUAUACCUAUUUUUGAAAUUAAUACCUACACAUUAAUUUUAAAAAAUAAAAAGUAGCCAAAUUAAGCAUUAAAAUAAAUAUUCAAUAUGAAUGAAUUCUUGCAUACAUAUGUAUGAUCUUUUAUAACUGCUACAACACACCGAAAUGCUUGUGUAUGCAUGUGAAUACAUAUGCCGUUAGUAAUACAAUAUGGCAACGUACAUCAUUCUGGCAAAGCUUUACUAAUAAAUUUAAUAACAUUUUUCACGACACUAUUAUAUGGGCACAUAUAAUAUAAUAUAAGUACAUGCAGUGUUAUCGAUACAAUUAUCGAUAAUUAAUAUUGGAUGAUUUUUACAGUGAUAAAUAUAUAAAAUGUUACAGUUUUGGAAAGGACAAUAUAUCAGUCAGCCAAGAAAGUGGUAUGCGCCAAAAGAAUAGCAGAAAAAUGCCAGAUCAGCUGAAUUUAUUAAUAAAAAAUGCACAAACUAAUUUAAAAAAUAAAAUAUGAUAUAAAUUUGUAAUUUAAGAUAUUAUAUUAUUGCUAAAUAAUAAUUUAAUUUAAUAAGGAUUAACAAC